UUGUAAGGUCCUGCCAGCACGCGGCAGUACCGGACACACAAAGCGACACUGCGCAUGCGCGGCUAGUGCCAGGCAAGAUGGCGGCGGCGACUAACGGCAACGGUAUGGAGGUGGACGCGACGGCGAGUCCCAGUGUGAUGGCGUCAGGUGUAACAGGAAGUGUGUCAGUGGCGUUACAUCCUCUGGUUAUCCUGAACAUCUCUGAUCACUGGAUCCGAAUCCGCUCACAGGAGGGACGCGCCAUUCAGGUGAUCGGUGCUCUGAUUGGACAACAGGAAGGCAGAAACAUUGAGGUGAUGAAUUCAUUUGAGCUGCUGUUUCACACGGUUGAAGGUCAAAUUCACAUUGAUAAAGAAUAUUACUACACUAAAGAAGAGCAAUUUAAGCAGGUUUUUAAGGACAUGGAGUUUUUGGGCUGGUACACAACUGGUGGUGCCCCCGAUCAGUCCGAUAUUCAUAUUCAUAAGCAGGUUUGUGAGAUUAUUGAGAGUCCAUUGUUCCUGAAACUCAACCCCAUGACCAAACACACAGACCUACCGGUCAGUGUAUUUGAGUCUGUGAUUGACAUCAUCAGUGGAGAGGCGACCAUGCUGUUUGCUGAGUUGCCGUAUACAUUAGCAACAGAGGAGGCCGAACGCAUCGGAGUCGAUCAUGUGGCACGGAUGACUGCAACUGGAUCAGGAGAGAAUUCCACAGUAGCGGAGCACCUGAUCGCUCAACACAGCGCUAUAAAGAUGCUGCAUAGCCGGGUGAAGGUCAUUCUGGAAUACGUGAAAGCUGUCCAGGCUGGUGAAGUCCCAUUUAAUCAUGAGAUCCUGCGAGAGGCGAACGCUUUGUGUCAUCGUCUGCCGGUUCUCAACACACUCAAGUUUAAGACUGACUUUUAUGACCAAUGUAAUGAUGUCGGUCUCAUGGCGUAUUUGGGCACCAUCACGAAAACAUGCAACAGCAUGAAUCAGUUCAUCAACAAAUUCAAUGUUCUUUAUGACAGACAGGGCAUCGGUCGACGCAUGCGGGGACUUUUCUUCUAAAACACAUGAGCACGAUUCAGUCUCGUGCUGCGUGUUAAAUCAAUCCUGUAGUUCAUAUUCUGAUUUUUCUUUUGUAAUUUGAGUGUCGAUGGAAUUAAAUGUUUUUUUUUUGUGA